CAAAGCAUUCAAAUACAUAUGCAAAUGGCUUACCAUAAACUAUCUUCUCUUGUGUUCUUUCUGUUCUUCGGAAUAGGAAUUUGUUCUGCAGCGAGACGUUUGUCAAGUUCUUAUGGAGGAUAUGGUUCUUCAAGUGGUCAUGGUUAUAGUAGCUAUGCUUCCGUAGGGGAAUAUGGUGUUGAAAAUUAUGGCUAUGGAUAUGGUAAAGAUGGUGCAUAUGGAGGAAAGUACUGGGGAUAUGACGGAGGAAAACACGAGGGAUAUGAUGGUGGAAACUACUGGGGAUACGACGGAAAUAGACACGAUGGAUACUAUGGGGGAUAUGAAGGAGGUAAGCAUGAGGAAUACGACCGAGGUAAACACGAGGGAUAUGAUGGAGGAAACUAUGGAGGAUAUGGUGGAGGUAAGCAUGAGGAAUACGGCAGAGGAUACUACGGAGGAUACGGUGGAGGUAAGCAUGAGGAAUACGACGGAGGAAAACACGAGGAAUACGGCAAAGAUAAAUACAAGGGAUACGAUGGAGGAAACUAUGGGGGAUACAGCGAAGGUAAGCAUGAGGAAUACAGUGGAGGAAACUACGGGGGAUACGAUGGAAGUAAGCACGAGGGAUAUGCACCCUGAAAAACACAUCUUUAGCGGUACAAUAUAGAUAUAUAAAUAAUUCUCUCCCUCAUGUAUUCAAAAUAAAAUAUAUAACAAAGAUGGGGAAUGCUUACAAUAUUGCGAUGUUCAAAUGAGAGUUCUUGUUGUACUUUCUCUUUAAAUAAAUAAAGAACCGACUUUUAUUUUGAAUUUUA